AUGGCCGCUAAGCUCGCAGCGCUCGUCGUCUUGGUCGCGUUCCUCGCCGGGCCGGCGGCGUGCGAGGGCGCCAGCAUUUGCUUCAACGGCUGGCUGAGGCUACCCACCUUCAACCCAUGGCUCUGUUCUCGCGGCUCCAGGAUGAGAAGCCGGCUCGGCCACGGCUACUACGACAACAGGUGGUCGAAGUCGUACUGCCCCAGAGCGGAAGUGAUCGUGAGGGGUGCCGUGAAGGACGCCGUGGCCGCGUACCCUGGCAUUGGUGCGGGGCUCAUCCGUCUCUUCUUCCACGACUGCUUCGUUCGGGGGUGUGAUGCUUCCGUCCUCCUCACCACGACCAACUCCAAUAACAGUGACACGGAGAGGGAAGGCCUUCCCAACAAGAACAGCCUGCGAGGGUUCCAGGUGAUCGACGCGGCCAAGGCGGCAAUCGAGGCCGCCUGCCCCGGCAAGGUCUCAUGCGCCGACAUCGUCGCCUUCGCCGCCCGCGACGCAUCCUACUUCCUCAGCAACCGCAGGAUCAACAUCCGGAUGCCAGGCGGCCGCUACGACGGGCGUGAGUCCUUUGCCAACGAGACCGACCAGCUGCCCGGGCCCUUCUCCACUGUCACGGAGCUCCAGACGAGUUUCACGGCCAAAGGGCUCACCUCAGAUGAGAUGGUCACGCUCUCUGGUGCGCACACAAUUGGCCGCGCCCGCUGCAUGUUCUUCUCCAGCCGCUUCUCUGAAAUGGACCCGGCAUUUGCCGCCAAGCUCAAGGCCCAAUGCAAUGGCAACGACGACACCAACGUGAACCAAGACGAUGUGACCCCCUAUGUUCUGGAUAAGCAGUACUACCGAAACGUGAUCGAUCGGAGAGUGUUGUUCACCUCCGACGCCGUGCUCAACUCGAUAAAAACGAUAACACAGGUGACAGAAAAUGCGAACAUUGCCGGGACGUGGGAGAGGAAGUUCGAGAGAGCCAUGGAGAACAUGGGAAAAAUCGGGAUCAAGACCAGAGCCGACCAAGGUGCAGAGAUCAGGAAGGUGUCAAUUGACUCAAUUUUUAUGAGAGCAGCGAUGCGGCGGACGAGCUCGCAUGCUCCUGGUUUGUGCACCAAUGGUACAAGGUCACGUGGAGGAGGCAAUUAUGGACGGAGGGAAAUACGGCUUCGUACAGGAGACGGAAAGGAUGGGAUACGGGUGUGGGCCAGGAGGGACGUCGUGACGGAGCUGGCUGUCGCCCUGACGCCUGACGGCCGCUAA